AAAAAUUUAUUUACAAUUAUUCACAAACAAAAUUUGCGCGAUUCACAAAAUUUUCUGUUAAAAAUUCCGAAAAAUUUGCCACCCACUCAUGACGUAAAAGCUAGCAGCAGUAAUUGAUAAAAGAAUUCGUGGCAUUGGAUAUUUGAUAGCACCCAUGGCAUAUACGCAAGAGGAUACGGCCUUGGCUUUGGCUUUCACAAGCGUGGUAUUUUGGACAACUUGUGCAUUGUUCCAUUCAUUUGUACUGAUUGUGCAUGCCAAAUUGGGGACAAUACAAAUAAGUGGCUGUGAUUCGGCUUUAAUACGAUUUGUGAAAACGUCCUGUGUUUCCUUCCACUAUAAUUCUCUCCUCGCCGACUUACUACGCGCCGGUGCUGCAUUUAUUUUACUCAAGGCGAUUAAUGAUCGCAAUAUCAACAUGCUAGUGAACUUUCUGCGCUACAAAUAUAUUGAAGUAUUUUUGCUACUCAUUUCACUCAUAGCAAAUUGUUGUAAGAGAGAUGGGCGAGCAUUUCUGAAGGCAUAUUAUACGAUAUCGCUUGUUCUUGAUAUCGCGUUACUCUAUGUCAUCUUCAAUUAUUGCUGCGUUUUGCUAAAUAACAAGUAAAAACGAAAGAAGCUAGAGACGAAAAUAAAGCGCAUUCUUUAUACGUUUAUAUGUAUAAUAUUUUUCUCCUCCAUCAUUUGUGUGAGUCUUGUGGCCAGCAUAUCCUUUGCCGUUCGUACGCUCGUUUGCUAAAUUAAAUUCAUAAUAAAUAAACUUCCUGCUAUGAAUCGCCUAGAGAAACUUUGCCGCACUUGAGUAUUUCGUCAAAAAUCUGCUUGUGGCUGGUGGAUAGCAGCGAAUGAAUACAUAAAUAUGAAAGUAAGCAGAGAAAUAAAAUGACUGAAGGAUAAUGGCAGAUACAUUGAGUGCAAAUAAACUCAUAUA